AUGCCACUACAGGCUUCUCAACGGCCGCCAAUUGUUGCAAGAGGCGCUUGCCGGACUUGCAAGACAUGCCGCCGCAAAAAGGUAAAAUGCGAAGGUCAAAAGCCCGAGUGCAGCACCUGUCGUGCGCGAGGUUGGGUUUGCGAGUACCCUGAAGAUGGCAGGAAGACAGCGGUGCGCAGCAAAAAGGCCGAUAUCAGAUCCCUUCAAAGACAGAUUGAAGAACUUAAGGGCCAGAUGAAGGAGCAGCUUUCCACGAACGACCCAUCGGACGCAGAUCACACCAAUCCGACGAGAGUAUCCAAUGAAUCUGUGAACGUAUCACACCAUCUCUCCUUAAUACCCAGCUAUGAGCCAGAUCCAAGUCCACGUACUUUGGAUUGGCAAGACCUGUCGCCACCGCGGAGAGGAGAGGAGUCGUCUACCGCUAGACCUUCGUUGGGUGAUGUCCAAGAGCCAGCCGAAGGCCACGGAGUCUCUUCCCCUGAACCUCAAGUUGACAAUUCCGAGAUGCAAAUCUACGGGGGAACAAGUCUGCUCCACGAUCGUUCCAACGGGGACUUCUGGUCUAAUCCUCCGUCAAAGGUGGACGAGAAUGACGCGGGUUACAAAAGCGCGGCUCGAGAUCGCUUGAUCUCGCAGGCCGCACUCAGUCGACAAAAGGAGGUCAACCUGUGUUCAAAUCCAAGCCUGACUGCGAACAUCGAUUUUGAUGGCAUUCCCAUGAACCUGGCGAUGCACUUGCUCGAUUUGCAUUGGAGCCGAUUACACCUAAUCUAUCUUCAAUCAUACCGUCCGGCGAUCAUUGACAGCUUGAUCAACAAUGGACCGUACGUUAGCAAAUUGCUGCUGAAUGCGAUAUACCUACAAAGUAGUUUGUACAGCGACCGAGAAGGUCUGCGACUGGAUUCACAAGACCCGCGAACAACUGGCAUGGCUUUCUACAAACGCUUCAAGACAUUGGUGGCUGAGUGUAUCGAUGAGCCUACCAUGCCCACGGUUUUGGGUCUUCUCAUAUGUGGAACGUGUUUGGUGCCCUACGGCAAGCAGAGUGCUGGCUGGGUUUAUUGUGGCAUGGCAUACCGGAUGAUGGUCGACCUGGGCUACCAUUUGAACAUCCCCAAAACACCCCAGGAGCGUGCCAAGUUUGGGCUGUCAGCCACGGACAUAGAGAUCAGACGGCGAAUCUACUGGGGCGCAUAUAUUAGCGACAAAUAUCAGUCACUAUGGAUUGGUCGGGCGCCUGCGGUGCACGAGUCGGACAGCAAUAUACCAGAAGAGUUCCUUGAUUCAUUUGAUGAAAUGGGACAAUGGACACCGUACGUGGAUCCUGAAGCUCAAUCCCUUUCCCUAGGUUUACUCGUCUAUCAACCCCGACCAUGUUAUGCCCUCAGUACAUUUCAGUCCUUGCUUCGGCUAUCCAUUAUCGCCGCGCAGGUGAUCGACGACUUGUACUCAGUCAAGAGUGCUACUGCGCCCCAAUCAAUUCUGCUGCAAAAGAAGCGCGAAUUAACAGCUCGGUUGACCGAAUGGAACGAAAAUCUUCCCGCACACCUACGUUUUGACCCAGACAAAGACAACACCCCUCCCCCACAUCAGUUGAAUCUACACAUCACCUCUCAAACGUUGGUGAUCUUAGUUGAACAGGCUUUCCUAAAUCGAGUUCACUUUAAUUUCACUCUUGACCAAGCUUCUCAAGAAAAAUCGUGCAAGAAUUGCAUCAAGGCUGCGUUCAAGAUCUGGAGGCUUCUAGAAGCGUACAAGAAAACCUUCACUCUUCGGCACGCCCAUUAUGGGGAAUUUUACGCUGCAUAUAGUGCGGUUCUGGUCAUCCUCCAGCAGGCACCUGAGAAUCACGAAGAGUAUAUCGAGUGCAUCAAAUUCUUCUGGUCGAUGUUGUCAGAGCCUCAGAGGCGCUCUUUAGGUUUUGCUCUCGGCCUGAAGAAACCGUUCAGGUUGCUAAAAGCGCGCAUGCGCCGGAUGAACUUCGUGGCAGAGCAGAUCAACCUGGAUGAGCCUGAGAAUCCUGUAGACGGACACCAUCCAAGUGGUGAGACACUCUUCAAUCGUUCUGGAAAGAAAUCGCUGUUACUAAUCAUCCUCAUAGCCUCACCAACCUGGACUGAUGCAGCGCUAGGAUGGCAACCGGGUGGACCUGUCGGUAGCGAUGCUUGGCCUCAGCCCUGGUACGAUACGAUGACUGACAAUAUGUUCUUUGCCGAUCAUAGCAUGUUCGGUCUGUUCACUCAAUGA